AUGGAAGAGUCUAUUAUAGACUAUGAGGUUUACCACAAUGAUCCAAAACUAUUUACGUGGUUACUUUUAACAAUAACAGACAAUGUAGACAUAAUUCGUAGAGGUAUAUAUAAACCGGCAAACACUGAAGGUGAUGAAGUCAUUGGAGAGACAGUUCGUUUAAUAAGAGCAGCUGCGAAUGCCAAUGUCAGACUAAGGAGAGGAGAAAAUGUUAGUGUGUCUACGGAAGAGUCUGACUCUAGUACUGGUGACACAUCAAACAGGAAAAGGCGUUCUGACAGUGAUGACAGUAACAAUGGUACUACAGGAGACUCUGACUCCAGUACCGGUAAUGACGGUAACAGUGGUUCUACAGAAAACUCUGAUUCCAGUGCCGUUAACGACAGUAACAGUGGUACAGGAGACUCUGACUCCAGUACCGGUAAUGACGGUAACAGUGGUUCUACAGAAAACUCUGAUUCCAAUGCCGUUGACGACAGUAACAGUGGUACUACAGGAGACUCUGACUCCAGUACCGGUGACGACAGUAAAAGUGAUUAUACAGGAGACUCUGACUCCAGUACCAGUGACGACAGUAACAGUGAUUCUACAGGAGACUCUGACUCCAGUACAGGUGACUCAUCAAACAGGAGGAAGCGUCCUGACAGUGAUGAUAGUAACAGUGGUUCUACAGAAAACUCUGAUUCCAGUGCCGUUGACGACAGUAACAGUGGUACAGGAGACUCUGACUCCAGUACCGGUAAUGACGGUAACAGUGGUUCUACAGAAAACUCUGAUUCCAGUGCCGUUGACGACAGUAACAGUGGUACUACAGGAGACUCUGACUCCAGUACCGGUGACGACAGUAACAGUGAUUAUACAGGAGACUCUGACUCCAGUACCGGUAACUUAUCAAAAAGGAAGGGGCGUCCUGACAGUGAUGACAGUAACAGUGGUUCUGCAGAAAACUCUGAUUCCAGUGCCGUUGACGACAGUAACAGUGGUACAGGAGACUCUGACUCCAGUACAGGUAAUGACGGUAACAGUGGUUCUACAGAAAACAGUACCGGUGACGACAGUAACAGUGAUUAUACAGGAGACUCUGACUCCAGUACCGGUAACUCAUCAAAAAGGAAGGGGCGUCCUGACAGUGAUGACAGUAACAGUGGUUCUACAGAAAACUCUGUUUCCAGUGCCAGUAACAGUGGUACUACAGGAGACUCUGACUCCAGUACCGGUGACGACAGUAACAGUGAUUAUACAGGAGACUCUGACUCCAGUACCAGUGACGACAGUAACAGUGAUUCUACAGGAGACUCUGACUCCAGUAUUGGUAACUCAUCAAAAAGGAAGGGGCGUCCUGACAGUGAUGACAGUAACAGUGGUUCUACAGAAAACUCUGAUUCCAGUACCGGUGACGACACUAAUAACGGUACUACAGGAGACUCUGACUCCAGUAUCGGUGACGACAGUAACAGUGGUUCUACAGGAAACUCUGACUCCAGUACCGAUGACGACAGUAACGGUGGUUCUACAGGAAACUCUGACUCCAGUACCAGUGACAACAGUAACAGUGGUACUACAGGAAACUCUGACUCUAGUAACGAUGACGACAGUAACACUGAUACUACAGGAGACUCUGACUCCAGUACCGAUGACGACAGUAACAAUGGUACUACAGGAGACUCUGACUCACGUACCGAUGACGACACUAACGAUGAUACUACAGGAGACUUUGACUCCAGUACCGGUGACGACACUAACAAUGAUACUACAGGAGACUUUGACUCCAGUACCGGUGACGACACUAACGAUGAUACUACAGGAGACUCUGACUCCAGUACCGGUGACGACACUAACGAUGAUACUACAGGAGACUCUGACUCCAGUACCGGUGACGACACUAACGAUGGUACUACAGGAAACUCUGACUCCAGUACCGAUGACGACAGUAACGAUGGUACUAACAAUGGUACUACAGGAAACUCUGACUCCAGUACCGGUGACGACAGUAACAAUGGUACUACAGGAAACUCUGACUCCAGUACCGAUGACGACACUAACGAUGAUACUACAGGAGACUUUGACUCCAGUACCGGUGACGACACUAACGAUGAUACCACAGGAGACUCUGACUCCAGUACCGGUGACGACACUAACGAUGGUACUACAGGAGACUCUGACUCCAGUACCGAUGACGACACUAACGAUGAUACUACAGGAGACUCUGACUCCAGUACCGGUGACGACAGUAACAAUGGUACUACAGGAGACUCUGACUCCAGUACCGGUGACGACACUAACGAUGGUACUACAGGAAAAUCUGACCCCAGUACCGAUGACGACACUAACGAUGAUACUACAGGAGACUCUGACUCCAGUACCGAUGACGACACUAACGAUAAUGCUACAGGAGACUCUGACUCCAGUACCGAUGACGACAGUAACGAUGGUACUAACAAUGGUACUACAGGAAACUCUGACUCCAGUACCGGUGACGACAGUAACAAUGGUACUACAGGAAACUCUGACUCCAGUACCGAUGACGACACUAACGAUGAUACUACAGGAGACUUUGACUCCAGUACCGGUGACGACACUAACGAUGAUACUACAGGAGACUCUGACUCCAGUACCGGUGACGACACUAACGAUGGUACUACAGGAGACUCUGACUCCAGUACCGAUGACGACACUAACGAUGAUACUACAGGAGACUCUGACUCCAGUACCGGUGACGACAGUAACAAUGGUACUACAGGAGACUCUGACUCCAGUACCGGUGACGACACUAACGAUGGUACUACAGGAAACUCUGACCCCAGUACCGAUGACGACACUAACGAUGAUACUACAGGAGACUCUGACUCCAGUACCGAUGACGACACUAACGAUAAUGCUACAGGAGACUCUGACUCCAGUACCGAUGACGACAGUAACGAUGGUACUAACAAUGGUACUACAGGAAACUCUGACUCCAGUACCGGUGACGACACUAACGAUGAUACUACAGGAGACUCUGACUCCAGUACCGGUGACGACAGUAACAAUGGUACUACAGGAGACUCUGACUCCAGUACCAAUGACGACAGUAACAAUGGUACUAACAAUGGUUCUACAGGAAACUCUGACCCCAGUACCGAUGACGACAGUAACAAUGGUUCUACAGGAGAAUCUGAUUCCAUUUCCGAUGACGACAGUAACGAUGGUACUACAGGAAACUCUGACUCCAGUACCGUUGACGACAAUAAAGAUGAUACUACAGCAAACUCUAACUCCAGUACCGUUGACGACAGUAACAAUGGUACUACAGGAAACUCUGACUCCAGUACUGGUGAUGACAGUAACAGUGGUUCUACGGAACAAAAAUAA